AUGGAGGACGCCGCAGAAGGAUUCGAUUCCUCGAGGCAGAUGAGGCGCCUGUUUAUACGAAGCCUUGUACGACUGGUCGUAACCAUGGUUCUCGCUUUCACUGAGGGUGCUGUCCUAUUCGUAUAUUCUACUCCGGCCGCCAUUACGACUGCGCAACGGCAACAGUUCAACGCCUUGAUCCUCGCUGUUUCGAUUGCUCUUGGACUUAACGUUGCCAGCUCGCUCAAGUCCAAUGUUAGCCAUCUUCGAUGGUGGCUCUUCAGUCUUAGAGAGAGGUCACCGCAAGAGGCAGAUUUAAUACUUCAAAUCGAGGAAAUCGGCCGCUUAGCAAAACUUGGGCUCACGACUCGACAUUUCUCUGUCCGCUUCUUCGUAAUGGUGUGGAUAUCGUUUCAUCUAGUCUCUCAAGUUGCCAUCGCAUUGCUCGGUUUAACGUAUAAUACAAACGAUUCCACCAACUUCCUGGUCACUCAACCUGACCUCGUGUUUCUACGCAAUAUGACGGAUAUAAACAAUGGUGUCAGACUUCGCGAAUUGUCCGAUUCGCAGUCCGUUCUUGUCUUGAGACAUGUCGCCAAUAGCUUUGGAAAAAUGUCCAUUCCGUGGCGAGUCGACGCUCGCGAGAGCACAGAAUCGCUCGAGACAAGAUUGCCUCGUCCGGGUACGAAGAUCGACGUUGAUAACCAUCCAAUCUUCUGCGAAGCCGAUACUACCACUUGUCGAUUUGUAUUCGCGGAGGAUUCUGUCUCCAGUCAGGUGUCUGGACUCAAUGUGGCAACCAAUCGUCAUGUCUCAGCUACAACGACAUGUCAAAGCUGGAGAGUCAGCGGCGGUGGCAAUGGGCUAGAGAAAAGUAUUACUCUUGCCGAUGGCUUUAAUACUACGGUUGGGCCGAUCCCAGCGCUCAACGGGCCGAACCAGAACCUCUUCAUGUUUGAUCCCAACAACCCUCGGUCGUCAGGGGACUCGUGGGCAAUCAUUACCGUACUUGAAGCUUCAGAUGUCAGACCCAGGUUCUAUAGUUGCAAUGUCACCCUUGGGCCCGUCGUCAACGCCAAACUGAGAGAACACCAGUUAGAAACCACUGUUAGGAGGUUGUCGACGCAGGCCAUCGCACUUCAAAGCUACGGGCCUUCCACCACGGGAACGACGAAUAGUACCGAUACUAUGCAGUUUCAAAGCUAUCCGGUGACUGAUUACUAUGGAGAGAAGGCUAGAGGCGACGUAAACCAAAUGGGCAGUCGAAUAUCGAUGUUUUGCAUCGGUGCGCUCGGCGGUCUUUCACUCAACAGCCCCGUGGUGGAAGUACCGGGCAUGGCACCAAUUCAGAGUGCUUCGAUCCAAGUAUUCGACUGGAAUUACGUGUACAUGAUUCUCGGUUUCACCGUAGGCUUUCAGACACUUGUUUCAAUCGCGUCAAUCACGGUGGGCAGUCGUGUGCAAAUCAACUCCAGAAGUCAUUUGGCCAUGGCAACGUUAUUACAGCCGGUUACACAGGACUUGGGCAAAGCCGUCUAUACCGCUGAUGAGAGGCACAUCGCGAAACUCAUGGGCCCAAGGGCAAAGCUUGCAUAUGUGCCCGAUGAGCUCGGUGCUUACCACAUAGUGAAGAGCGCGGGUUGA